AUGCACUUGCAAGCGACAACCCAAGCUUCUGCUCCGGGUAUUGUUCUGCAUGGCAAGCAGAGUAGCAUGCAGUUAGCGCAGGAGCUAGGGAGGCCUCCAAACGAUCGAACCUCACCAGCAUCUCCAAGUGCUACGGACGGUGGGGUAAGCCUAACCGAGGAACAAAUGUGCGACGAUGACGGGGCUUCUCCGUCCGAGAAUUAA